AUGCGCGUGGAACUAACUGAGAGGGUGGGGGCGAGAAUUGACGAGAUCUACAACUGGGCGGCUAAUUCGCUUUUAGGGGAGGGGACGCGACACCGUUGUGAUGAAAAGAAAGAGCAGCUUAUUGCGUCUCUGGUCUUCCAGUUUACGUGGCAGGACAGUCGCCUGAGUUGGGAUCCAAAGUAUUACGAUGAUAUCAACGUAUUCAGUGUUCCAGGAAGCAGUAUUUGGACCCCAGCCCUCAGCCUCAAGAGAAACGCCGAUCCUUCGUACACCGGCCUGGAAAAAGGCAUACCAGUCCAGGUCAACAACAAUGGCGUGAUAACUUGGAGGGUAGAAACCCUGACCACCACCGUGUGUGAUGCGGACCCCUUCUACUUCCCUGUUGACACCAUGGAAUGUCACAUCUGUUUCUCCGCAACCGCAGCUAUCGGCCAAGCCAUUCACUCUUCCAGCAGUCUCAGCUGCGAUGCCUCCCCUCCCGCUAUUCAGGAGGGUGAAUGGUAUAGGAAGGACAGGUUGUUCGCGAACGGCAACAGAGAAGUAUGUUUUGCUAUUCAGCUGGAGAGGAUCCCCUCGUUCCACAUCGCCACCACUAUCGGGCCCUGCGUUAUCCUGGUCGUACUGAUGGUCAUCACCUUCGUCAUGCCACUGGACAGGGGCGACCGGAUCUCGUUCGGAGUGACCAUUCAACUCUCCAUGGUCGUGUCUCUCGUGUUCGUCACGGACGUUCUUCCUGUCAAGGGGGCGCUGCCGUUUUUUGCCGAGCUGAUGGUCGUGUACAUGGCCCUGAUGGGAGUGUUCCCCUUCUUCACCAUGGACGUAAUCACCAUCCACGACAUGGAGGGGAGCCUGUCUCCGUCCGCGAAGACUUUCUUUCUCCGCCACAUGGCAAUGAUGCUGCUGCUGGGAGACCUCACGAAGAGGAAGGGUCCAAGCGACGACGGAGAGACUAAAGUGACCAGCCACACCGUUAUAGAGACGGCCAUCGAAGACACAAGGGCUGUCUCCGGAGACGACUGCACCGACGUCUGUGGAACAAAUCACCACCCAUUCGCACCGGACAUGACCGAGACCGUUUGUAAGAGUCCCUCCAGUGUGAACGAGCGCACCACGGCAGGCAACAACCAGACACAGGAGCUUGACGAGCUCUUUAAAGCAAAGGAUAACGAGGAGGAGAAGGAGGUGUCCGACUACACCCUGCUGGCCAAUGUCCUGGACAGACUGUGUCUUGUCCUGUAUGUCAUCUGCAUCUCAGCGGCAGUGCCCGCGACCAUGUAUCUGGGGAAGUAA